UGCACUACGGUCUGAUUGGCUCGCGUUCCUGCCAUGACGUCUGUUUGGGGGCGGGGCUUUUCGUAGGCAGGAAGUAUGACGUAACGUUUAUUUUGGAAAAACGAAGUCGAGACAGAGGUGACGGAAGAAUGGAGCAAAACGUUGAGGAUUACAAGCUGAUAUUUGAGAAGGAGGGGGUGUACCUCCACACAAAUGCCAAAAGGAGUAACCAGGACACAACCAUCCCCGGGUUCAUCCGCAUUGUGGAGCGGGCCGGGGUGCCGGCUUUAGAGUGGAGCCCACUGGAGGAUGAGGGUCGCAGUGCCCCUGCUGUACUCUACACCAAAAAGGAUGGAGAAGGAGGGGACGAGGAUACCAACUUCGACCCUGGGUAUGAGCCAGACUGGGCAGUUAUCAGCACAGUGAAGAAAGAUCGAGAACAUGUCCCGGUCAGAGAUUCAGGUCAGUGGUCGUUCUCUCUGCCUCUCUCAGAGUUAUACUCUCUUCGGAGGGCUCGGUUCUCCUUGGGUCGAAACUUCCUGGUGCUGACUAGUAGAGGGGGGCACCCACUGCCUCCUCUGCACUUCCACCGAGGAGGAACCAGGGAGCUGCUUAGGGCCCUGAACCAUUACAUCAUCCUGGACCAGUCACCGCUUGACGGGCGGCUCUUCCUUGCCUACCCUCAAGACUCAGGUGCUCUCUCUCAGUCCUUCGAUAAGCUGCAGCUCCUUGACGAUGGAGGCUCGGAUCUGGUUUCGAGAUUUAUCCAGGACCCAUAUGCCACUACAUUUGGUGGAUUCUCCAAAGUCACCAAUUUCUUCAAGGCGGCACUUCGACCUCCAGAUUCCCCCGUCUACUCCCGUACUCCUCAGGAUCCUAGUUUGCCCCCCCAGUCCGAUGAAGAGCCCGGCUUCGAACUCAUCAACUGUGGGGUAGAGCUUGGUCCCAGACCAGACGCAACCAGGGGACAACCUUUGGACAAAUGGGAGGAGUUUCUGGACCCAGCGGGGCGACUGAAGAACCCAGAGAGGAUCAAAGAGCUAGUGUUCAGAGGGGGCGUCACACCGUCCCUGAGGAAGGAGGUAUGGAAGUUCCUCCUGGGCUUUUAUCCAUGGAACAGCACUGCCAGGGAAAGAGAGGACAUUCUGCGGGUCAAAACGGAUGAGUACUUCAGAAUGAAGGUGCAGUGGAAGUCAGUCAGUGAAGAGCAGGAGAUGAGGAACUCCCUCCUCAGAGGAUACAGAAGCCUGAUAGAGAGAGACGUCAACAGGACGGACAGACACAAUACGUUCUUCUCUGGGAACGACAAUCCAGGACUGACUCUGCUUCAUGAUGUGCUGAUGACAUACUGCAUGUACAACUUUGAUCUUGGUUAUGUCCAGGGGAUGAGUGAUCUCCUUUCUCCUCUCCUGUUCGUCACCCAGAACGAGGUGGAGUCCUUCUGGUGUCUGACAGGCUUCAUGGAGCUGGUGCACCAGAACUUUGAAGAGUCUCAGGAGGCCAUGAAGCAGCAGCUCCUUCAGCUCAGUAUCCUGCUGAAGGCUCUGGACCCAGAGCUAUGUGACUUCCUGGACUCUCAGGACAGCGGCUCUCUUUGCUUCUGUUUCCGCUGGCUGCUCAUCUGGUUCAAGAGAGAGUUUUCCUUCGAGGACAUCCUCACCAUGUGGGAGGUCCUCUGGACUCGUCUUCCAUGUGACAACUUCCACCUUCUGAUCGCCUGUUCAAUCCUGGAGUCCCAGAGAGGAGAGCUGAUUGGCUCAGACCACGACUUUAACACUAUUCUGAAGCACAUUAAUGAGUUGACGAUGAAGUUGGACUUGCAGAGUGUUCUGCGUGGAGCAGAGGCCAUCUACCUACAGCUGAUUCAGUGCAAGGAGCUUCCCCUCAAGGUGCAGCAGGUUCUGGGUCUCAACAUCCCCUCCAGCUCUGAGGAGGACAGCCCAGACUCCCAGGCCAGCGAGACACAACGCCUCCUCAGCCAAGCCCAGACAGGAGCUGCUUCAUGUAAUUCAGCACGCGGUCCCACCUAUCCUUAAAUCUGCAGGUCAGCUGGUGGACUGACAGCCUCCACGAAAUGUAUGGAAGAUAUUUAUAUAUGAAAAAAAUAUCUAUAUACUGUAUAGGAUCCAAUGAGAAGGAAUUAAGACAGUUUGGUGAAGACUGUUGUUUCUGUUUGUCAGAGGCAGGGGGCGUUGUUGAGGCUUUUUUUCUUUUAAUGUACCCAUGAAUGUUACAAUUCAAAAUGUUGAAACACUAAAGCCGUACUUGCAGUGCUCUUUUUCUUUGUGUAUGUUGUCCUCCUCCUUUUCCACGACAGCUUGUCGCUUGUUUACAUGUCCUGUGUCUCUGCUGAAGAGUACUGCCAUCCUUUCUACUCUCCCUCCUCCUUUUGAUGCUGCUGUUUUACCUUUUCACAAGUAAUUUAAUAAUUGUAGCCAUCUCUGCUUGACACUUGAGUUACAGUCUACUUUCAGUGCAUCUUGUUAUGUUUGGCUUAGAUUUGCCCUGCGUCCCCUCGCCACUGUUCCCGAAAAGGGAAGAGGAUGAAGGAUAAACUCACUGGCAGCGCCUUGUUAGUACUGUUUGAUGCCAUUCCAGCCCUAUGCAAAGUUUUUGCAUGCCUUAUAGUUUUCACAAGUGGCGCAGUAAUAUUUUAAGCUUUGUAAUUAUCUGUAUAAUGUCAUAACGUUUUCAUCCGCUGAUUAUUACCAAAUAAAUGGUUGAAUCUUAACAAAACAGGGCAUAUAAACUUUAUAUUUUUUUACUUUCAGUCAGGCAGUCUCAAAGGCCUACUCAGCCAGGAUCUGAUUUAUUUAUUUAGUACAUACUGUAGCUUAGACCACUGCCACAUAACACAGCAUUUAAACUCAGCAGUCUACUCUCAUUGAUAUAAUGAACAAAACAUUAGAAACACCUCUCUGUAUAAUGCAAUACAAGUCAACAGCACCACAAACUGCAGCCUCCAAAAUUACCAUAAAGUUGAAUCAACAACUCUUUAAAACAGUUUCAACAAAAACUGAACAUUAAAACUGUUGUAUUAGACUGCAUUAGUUUUAGCUAGGUGUACCUAAUAAACUGGCAUGAUUGUGGCUGAGUGUGUGUAGCCUAAGCUAGCAAUGUAUAAAACAGAUAAAGCAAGAAAAUACACACAAAACAACACUAAAGUCAAGAAACACAUUCAAAACAGCAUAAAACACAAAUCUUCACAGCAGAAAACUCAAGAAAAUAUACACAAAAUGAAACAAGAAAGCGUUAAAAACAGCAAAAAUCAACAAGAAUAUACAAAACAAACAAUGAUACAAGAAAAUGAAAACUCAGUGACAAGUACCAGGUCCUUCAUAACUGUCGCCUCUUUAAAGUCUGUUUCACCUUUUGUUUAAAAUGAUCCCAGUAAUGAUCCAUUUUGAGAGCUGUGGAUCAGGAGUUCAUCAUAUUGAUCCCCUGAACAGAGAAAGUCGCCUGUAGACGCACUCAGAGUUACUGAGCCAGAAACCCUGAGAGGCAGCACCAUGUCACGCAGCACUGUAGGAGCCUGUUAUUUAGACAUUUAGAGUUUAAUGUAAGCAAAUUUAACGAAAUGAUCCAAACUUAAUUAGGGUAACACCUAAUUUUACCCCCCCCAUAAGCAAACUUUUAAUAAUUAUAACACACUAUAAUGUAGUUGUAAGCAGAUAUAAGGUCUUUUUUAAGUGUUUAUUAACGUAUUUGUCGACAACUUUAACUCGUCCUGUGAAGCAUCCGUAACUGCAUGCUGGUAUAUAGAUAACAGAUAAUGAAUGACAAUAUAACACAGUUGUAAUAAUAUAAAAUCUGUCUUUGUAGGAGAAGUUAGAAUUGUUGAAAAUAUUGUACAUUAAUAAACACACAAAGCAAAAGUAUAAAUAACACACUUUUUUUGUAUCAUAAGAAAAACAAAAAAAUAAUAAUUUUGGGAUCAAAAUCUGAGAAAUUGUAAUUAUUCCAGUGUAACAGUAACAACUGUUUGUUUAUGUAGUGUCUUAACUUGUGAACUGGUUAAACUUUGCCCUUUCCUCCCCCCCCCCACUGGCCAGCAGGUGCCUGUGUGAGGUGAAUGGCUGAGGGGAAAAUGGGACCUCUGUUCUCCACUGUCCCGGGAAAUGAGCUGGAAAAUGAGGGGCGGGGAACCACACCCCCUUCUCAGGACCCGCUGCACUCCUCUUUUGGCUCGUCGCUGUCUCUUUCCCCCUCGAUCCAUGUUGUUUGAAUACAGCUGCGAUGUAUGAAUUUAGCAGGGUGCUUAAACAGGCCGACGAUCUGUCACUCUGUUUCUCUUACCCCGUCCACCCCAACCUGACCUCACUUGACUGGCAGAGCCAAACUUACUCGGUCCUUCAUUCAAACUCAAUCUGCUUUCAGCCCCUCUCAAAGCCUGUUUUAUAAGCAAAGGCCUUGUUGACAGCUUUAAACCCCAUAUUCUCUCGCUAAUGCUACAAUCGACUAAGUGUGGGAGGAUUAUGGUGUCUUCAUGUUGUCAUUAUGCUGGGUGUCUUAGAAAAGCUGUUAUCUGCGGUAGAUGAUGUGGCUGAAGCUCUUCCCUCUGUGUUUGAGAUCUGAGCCUUGAGUUUGUUUUUCAAAACCAGAAGUAUUUUAUAGACGCUUUACAAUUUUCGAGGUGUGUUUUUGUAUAGUCGUCAGUUUUAUGGACUAGUGACUAGUUGUCCCUCUUGUUUCACACUUUUAUUCACAUCUUUUGUCACUUACCUAGCUUAAAUUGAACACCUUUUCUGGCUGACUUACAACUUAAUAAGAGUAUUUUAAAGGAGAGACAUUGCGCUGUUGUGUUGUAAAAUUAUCAGCGGCCUCACUGGCAGACAGUUGUGAUAGAAGAGUCUGGAAAAAGGCAAAUAUAAUUGAAAAAAACAUUGAUACCCGCCAGCCCUUGAAUAGAGUUUGAGCUGCUUCCUUCAGGGCGAAGGUUUAGACUGUCCAGGGCCAUGUGCAAUCAUUUCAACAUAAACUUUUAGUUUGUACAAUAAAAUCUCUUCAUUUGCACUCCAGCAAUUAAUUUGCACCAAAAAGUCCCUGUCACUUUUUAACUUGUUCUUAUUUACUGGUUUUACCUGUUUUUGAUUUGUUUUUACUUACUUGUUUUCAUUGUAUUCACUGUUAUUGUGUGUUACUCUUUCAAAGUAUUUCUUUUUUUUUCCAAUCUGUGAUAUUUCUUUUUAUUAAUCUGUUUUAUUGAUGGAUGAGUCUUGCUGCAUGCCAAAUUUUUCAUGCGGGACAAUAAAGAUUGAACUGAA